UGUUCCUGAUGGUGUUGAUUGAAUAUUGAACUUUUACGCAUUCGUGAUAAGAUUCGCGGUGAAAAGUCGUGAAAAUCUACAGAAAACUCGUGUCCCGUUGUCAACAAGGUCAAAUUAUGUAAACAGCUGGUGCAAUUACAGUGCGGUGCAGUCUAGUUAGGUACCAAUCGGGGAAUGCCUAAUUUUGUGCAAAAACUGCUGGUCCAGCGAAGUCAUCUGCUGACGGCAGCAUGUUACCGAAGCUUCCAUCAGGCUGUGUCCCACUACCGUCCGUCCGGGCCGCCGAAACUGUCCCCGUAUGAUGUCAACUGUAUCCUUAGGGCAAACGAGCACACGCAGGAUUUUGCGGGUGGUUCGGUAAAGUGCUACGACUCUAAUCAACUGGCUUCGAACUCGCCGAUCGAGGAUUCCCGCACCGAGGGAACCUGCGUGCACACUUCGGGCCUGUUGCUGGGUAUCUUCGACGGCCAUGGGGGUCCCGCUUGUUCCCAGGUCAUUAGCAAGCGGUUAAUGCGCUACGUUGCCGCUUCAUUGGUUCCUCCGGACGAUUUGAAGGUGCACAUCUUGAACGGGGCCCAGAGUCAUUCAUUUAUCAACUGCCAUAACGAUAAGCUGGAAUUUGUUAGCGAGAUCAAAGACAUCUACGAAAGGAGCUUCAAUCUAUUUGCGAACGAGUUGUUGGACACGACUUUAGCUGGAUUUCAGAUGCACCAGGUGUUGGAAAAUGCUUUCCUGCGAUUGGAUCAAGAUCUGUCGAAGGAAGCGGUGGAGCAUCCCAGCCUGAGAACGAUGUCGGUGGCGAUGAGUGGUGCCGUGGCGCUGGUGGCACACAUCGAUGGUCCUCAUCUGCAUAUCUCCUCGGUAGGAGAUUGUAGCGCGGUACUCGGAACGGUUACCGAUACAGGUCAGUGGAUCGCCAAGAAGCUCACCAAUGAACACAACAGCGACAACGUCGGCGAGGUUCGUCGGCUACUGAAUGAACACCCGGCCACAGAGCGGGACACGGUAAUCCGGGGUGAACGUCUCCUAGGACAGUUGGCUCCACUUCGUGCCAUGGGAGAUUUCCGCUACAAGUGGUCCCGAGAGCAACUGGAACAGCUGGUCGUUCCGCAAUUCGGCGAGCAGGUCAUCGCUCCGUACUAUCUCACUCCGCCCUAUCUGAGCGCUUGUCCGGAAAUUACCCAUCACAUACUUACUCCCAGGGAUAAGUUCCUGAUACUGGCCAGCGAUGGCCUGUGGGACACGAUGAGCCCGAUGCAGACCGUCCACCUGGUGGGAGAACACAUGCACGGCAAAGCCUUCCUACAGCCGCUGAAACUGCCAAAGCACGAAAUCACGCUGGGUGAGAUUAGUCAAAUGUUGAGCACCCGUAAGGCGGGACUGCAGAAGAAACCGCUGGACCGGAACGCCGCCACGCAUCUGAUACGGAACUCGCUGGGAGGGACCGAUUACGGCGUGGAGCACUCGAAACUGUCGCACAUGCUGUCACUGCCGCAGGACAUUGUCCGGUUGUUCCGGGACGACAUAACCAUCACGGUUGUGUACUUCGAUUCGGAAUACUUGCGAAACUGCCCCACCUAGCAGCGGAUGAGAGGGAGGACGACAAUAGGUCAGAUAGUUGUUGAGGAUGGUAGCAUUUAGACCAAGGUGGAAAACGACGUCGAUUCGCUGUUGCUGUUGUUAAGAGAUGCCGAGAAUUUGCGCUUUAUUGCGCUACGAAUAAAAUUAUUGUAUAGAGAUCCGUAUUUAGGCUGGUACCGUUCGUUGUGGAGCACGCUGGGUAGCAAUUUGUCAGGUACUGUUCAAGUGUUUUUCGAAUCUUUUUCUUAAGUGUUUAGAUUUUUUUUAUUUUGCAUUUUGGCGUCCGGUACUGAAU